GCUCUAAAAUAUGUCCACGAUGUAAAGAGGUUUGAGCAGGAUAAGGCAGGGCCUUUCAUAGAGAAAGGAGUUGUGAAAGGAGAGGUCUUGCAUUACAAGGAGGGCAAGACGAGGUGGGAGGUGGGAGGAAAAGCGGGAGAGGAGGAGGGAGGGAGUUGGGAGGGAGGAGGUUCUUCUAAAGAUGCUUUUUAUGCUUUGGCUAACUACACAACGAAGGAGCUGAGGCCAGGCUACGAAUUACAUGGCAUCGAAAAUGUGCCAGACAACGGGUCUGCCCUCUUCAUCUACUAUCACGGGUGUCUGCCGUUAGAUGUCUAUUACCUCAUCGCUAAACUCGUACUUCACAAAAAUCGUUCACUUCAUUGUGUUGGGGACAAAUUCAUAUUCAAAAUUCCAGGUUGGAGUGCGAUAUGCAAAGUAUUUUCAAUAACCGCUGGAACAGUUGAAGAAUGUACUAAUCAAUUAAGAGAGGGCAAUCUCUUAUGUAUAGCUCCUGGAGGUGUCCGUGAGGCGCUAUUCUCUGACCCGAACGUAUAUGAUAUGUUAUGGGGCAAGCGGCUAGGGUUUGCCCGAGUUGUGAUCAACGCAAGAACGCCUGUGAUACCUAUGUUCACGGAAAACUGUCGUGAAUCAUUCCGUACACCAGUUUGGGGUCGAAGCUUUUUCCGAUGGGUCUAUGAGAAGACGAAAAUGCCGUUGUGUCCUGUUUAUGGGGGUUUU